ACUGCCCCCUGCUGUCUGUCCAGCGAAGCGAGAGAAUUGGAAAAAAGAAAUAGAACCAGCUAAACAAAGCAAAAGAAAAAAAACAGCUUCACCUUCUUCUUGGGAAUGACUGAUCCAUGUUAGCUCUCUAUUUGUGACGGGCUUUAGGGAAAGGAAUCGAGAGAUUUGCGCACCAGCACAGCUUUAGUUUAAGUCGUUUAUACGUGACCCCCUGGGGGAAUAAAGACAGGCAAGCCAGUGCCAAGAUGGUGAAGGCGAAAAAACCAGCUUCGAAAGGGGGAGCAGCGGAGAGACACACAAGGACAGCGGCAGCUGCAGGGGCUAUCCAGGAGGCACCCAAACCUGCAGUGCAGCUGUCCAGCUCCAAGAAAGUCAAGGGCAAGAAGGUAGCGAUCAAGAAACAGGUGGAGGAACAGAAGAAGGAGGAAGAUGAGCAGUCGGUGUUCCUGGACCUAGGGGGGCAGAGGCAGCGCUGGGUGAACUUUGUGGAGCAACAAAGUCUGAGCUCAGAGGAGGCAGCUAAACUUCUGCUGGACUCGUAUGAGUACAAAGGGUUAGUCAAGCACAGCGGAGGUUGUCAUUGUGGGGCCGUGCGCUUUGAGGUUUGGGCAUCUGCUGAUCUUCACGUCUUUGACUGCAACUGCAGCAUUUGUGUAAAGAAGCAGAACCGUCACUUCAUUAUUCCUGGAUCCCGCUUCAAACUCUUGAAGGGUGCAGAUAACCUUACCACGUACAACUUCAACACUAAGAAAGCUCAGCAUACGUUCUGCAAGACAUGUGGCGUUCAAAGCUUCUACACACCUCGCUCCAAUCCUGAUGGUUAUGGGAUUGCCCCACACUGCCUAGAUGAAGGCACAGUGCGCAGUAUCCACGUGGAGCAGAUCAAUGGAAAGGAGUGGGAAAAGGCAAUGAAGGAACACAAGACCAUCCGCAGCAUGUCCCAGUCCUAAGUUGCCAUUUUGUUUCUUGUGGUUCUCCGUCCACUACUUGUUUUUACAUUUCUGCCAUUGAGGCCUGUCUUCAUACUAUUUAGUGAAAUAAAUCUUUUUCUAUAGACUUAUUAA